AUGUCCAACAACUACCGUAAGUGGGCAGACCACGCGGAAUAUCAUAUCAAGCCCACAGCGGCCUUUGACCUAAGUAGGCCCACCCUUCAUAGGUGGCUCGCACUUCGGUCAGGCCAUAGGGACUUCGACUGGUACUACCGCAAAUUUCACCAUGACGAUGCUAAGCUCGAGUGCUCCUGCGGACGGAAAAACACCAAAGCACAUAGCACUUUACCGUAA